CCCCACGUUGCUAGGAGGCCGGGGGCGUGAGGCGCUGAUUGGCGGGUUCCGGGCGGGGCGGGAGACGAUUGGGCCUGGGAGCGCCACCUGGAAGGAGCGGACCCUACCGCGAAGGCCGGAAGCGCUCCGCGCCCCGCAGGGCGGACCGCCCGGAAGCGCCCGGAAGCGCCCGGCCGCCGCUCAGGGGCCGGGAGUUCCGGCCGGUCGGCCGGCGAUAGGUGGCGGGUCCCGGGCCGCAUGGGGAGGCGGCGGCGCGGCGGGGCCGGGGCGGCCGGGGUUCUGCCCGAGGCCAUCGCCGCGCUGAGCCGGUCGCUGCCCGCCGGGCCCAGUCCCGAGGUCUUCCGUCGCGCCAAGUUCGACCGGCCGGAGGCGGCCCCCGCGCUCUGGCAGCUCCUCUUCCGCGUGCUCUCGCCGACGCCCGCAGACUCCGCCCUCGCCCCGGAGGCCCAAGCCGGCUUGGUGAAGUCCGCACUGCGCGCCCAGGGCUACCCACGGUUUACACUGUUGCAGCUUCCUGAGGGCAGCUCCCAAAGUAGCCGAGAACUGUUGCUAGCCCUGUCCUGGCUUUUGGCCCGAGGUCCCCUGCUUGAGCAGCUGCUUGCCCGAACCCGUGUUCAGCUAGGUGACCGUGUACCUCAGUGCCAGUGUGAGGCCCUGACUAGCUUUGGCCCACCUGCUGCAGCCUGUGUGGACGCAGGAAGCCCUGUGGACCUCCGCCAAGUGCAGUGGAUGAUGGGAAAGCUCCGGUUCCAGUGGCGGCACCUGGUCUCCAGUCAGCAGGAGCACUGUACCCUCCUGAGCAAGAUCCACCUGUACACCCGGGGAUGCCACAGUGACCAGCGCCUCUGUCACCUGUCUGUAGCUGAAGCAGAGAUGUUCAGGGACCCAGAGGGUGCCCGUCAGCUGCUGCGGGCACUGGAGUGUGAGAACGCGCGCCUGGAAGCAGCUCUGGAGUGGCGGCGCCUGGAGCUGGUCUACUGGCAGUGGAUGGACACCGUCUGGGGCGCCUGUCUGGAGAGCCCCGCCAGGCCCCCACAGCCUGCACUCCCACCCGUGAUCCCCGAGCACAGGCCUGGCCAUUUGGAGCUGGCGGCACAGGAACUUCGGGCCCUGCAGGAGGAGCUGCGGGAGCUGGUGGAGCCCCGGAGGGCUGCCUGGCAGGCCCAGGUUGGAGGCCUAGGCCAGGGACCAGAGUGGAGUACAUCGCAGAGGGCUUUGCAGAAGGCUGUGGAGCAGGAGCUGGAGGCCCUGUGGGCGUCUUGGGAGCACUCUGGGGACUCUGCCCCGCCUCCAGGGCCCCACCGCCUGGUUCCGAGCUCGCCGGCCCGGAGCGGCGGCGCCCGGCGGGAGGGCCGGCCCGACCCCGCGCCGGGCCCCGCGGCACCAUGUCCGCGGGCUGAGCGGCACGGCGCCCGGGGCCGCCGCCGCAGGACCUCGUCCCGCCCGGCGUGGGGUCGGCGCGCGCCGGGGCCCCGGCGGCCGACCAUGGUGCUGCCUCCCCCGGACCGGCGCCACGUGUGCCUGACCACGCUGGUGAUCAUGGGCAGCAUGGCCGUCAUGGACGCCUACCUGGUGGAGCAGAACCAGGGCCCGCGCAAGAUCGGCGUGUGCAUCAUCGUGCUGGUGGGCGACGUGUGCUUCCUGCUGGUGCUGCGCUACGUGGCCGUGUGGGUGGGCGCCGAGGUCCGCACGGCCAAGCGCGGCUACGCCAUGAUCCUGUGGUUCCUCUACAUCUUCGUGCUGGAGAUCAAGCUCUACUUCAUCUUCCAGAACUACAAGGCGGCGCGGCGGGGCGCGUCCGACCCGGUGGCGCGCCAGGCGCUGACACUGCUGCUGUCGGUGUGCGUGCCCGGCCUCUUCCUGCUACUCGUGGCCCUGGACCGCAUGGAGUACGUGCGCACCUUCCGCAAGCGCGAGGACCUGCGCGGCCGCCUCUUCUGGGUGGCCCUGGACCUGCUGGACCUGCUGGACAUGCAGGCCAACCUGUGGGAGCCGCCGCGCACGGGGCUGCCGCUGUGGGCCGAGGGCCUCACCUUCUUCUACUGCUACAUGCUGCUGCUGGUGCUGCCCUGCGUGGCGCUCAGCGAGGUCAGCAUGCAGGGCGAGCACAUCGCGCCGCAGAAGAUGAUGCUCUACCCGGUGCUCAGCCUGGCCACCGUCAACGUGGUGGCCGUGCUGGCCCGCGCCGCCAACAUGGCGCUCUUCCGCGACAGCCGGGUCUCGGCCAUCUUCGUGGGCAAGAACGUGGUGGCGCUGGCCACCAAGGCCUGCACCUUUCUGGAGUACCGCCGCCAGGUGCGCGACUUCCCGCCCCCGGCGCUGGCGCUGGAGCUGCAGCCGCCGCCGCCGCCCCGCAACUCGGUGCCGCCCCCCGCCCCGCUGCACGGCCCCCCCGGGCGACCCCGCGGGCCCUCGCCCCCGCGCGACGCCCUGGACACGUGA